AUGAUUGUCCACGUGUUGGAGUUAUAUAGUCACAUCUACGCUGAGAUAAAAGAUGAGUCCAUCACACUGAGCAAGAGUGGUUUUGCUACUGUUGAUAUCGAGCAGACGAUUCCUAAAGGCUGCUAUUACACUGACGACGAAGAACCAAAUUGUGAAGAGAGAAUGACUUUUGAAGAUGCAUCAUCUGUAUCCGAUAUGUGUGCAGGAAAACUUCGUGUACAAAACACCGCUGAUGUCGGAAAUCCUUUUGUAAGAAUAAAGAGUUUAAAACAAGGUGAACAAUGGACAAGUACCACACAUACGAUAAUGUUGACAACUGCUGACAGCACAUAUGACGAUGCAACAAAGUUCGACUUACAAGUAUACGUAACAGACACUACCGGUCAUGACAAACGAAGAUCAGUCAGAUCAGAGACUAUUGGAGCAAUUCAUGUAAGAGUUACUGGCAAUUACAGACAUCGGAACAAAAGAUGUUAUUCACACGUCGAUCCACAUAUGAGAACCGCAGAUGGAUUGUAUUAUGAAGCUUAAGAGGAAGGAAAUUAUACAUUAUACAGGAACAUUAAAUACCAAACAGAGGUUCAACAGUCAGCUCAGUAUUGUUCCCCUGGAUCAAACAGCGGACCUGUAUGUGCAUGUGGAAUAGCAAUAGCUGUGGGAGCUGACACAUUCAUCUUUAAUAAAUGUUAUAACACUAUAUUCAAAUUCGACUUAAAG